ACUCCCGAAAACGAAGAGUUGGAGCCCAAGCCGAUGGUGAUUGGCACCAACAAUGUGUUUGAGGUUGGGUGUUAUUCCCAGGCGAUGAAGGUGGGAGAUAACAACGUCAUCGAAUCCAAAGCGUUUGUCGGCAAGAACGUGAUCCUGACGAGCGGCUGCAUCAUCGGGGCCUGCUGCAACAUCAACACCUACGAGGUGAUCCCCGAGAACACCGUCAUCUACGGGGCCGAUUGCCUCCGCCGCGUGCAGACCGAGCGGCCGCAGGUGAGGACGCUAUUCGUCAGCGGGUUGCCUCUGGACAUCAAGCCCCGGGAACUUUACCUGCUCUUCAGGCCCUUUAAGGGAUACGAAGGGUCUCUUAUCAAACUCACCUCCAAGCAGCCCGUGGGCUUUGUCAGCUUCGACAGCCGCUCCGAGGCGGAGGCAGCGAAGAACGCGCUGAACGUGAGUGCGCCUGGCUACUACAUUUUUUCAGGACUUAUUCCCCCUCGUCUCCCCAUCCCUGGAUACUCUCCGAAUUUCUCUGUCCCGGGGACGUGCAUCUCCCCUGAACAGCUCGGCUGUGCGGGAUGCCGACUGCCAAAUAUGGUGCCGAUGCUAAAGAUGCCGGAGGAAUGCGAGCCGCCUCGAGGCCCUGCAAAUUAG